CAGGACAUUGAAGUCUUUAAAGUUGGCAGCACUUUUGUUAUCUGCGAUAAGCUUCGGAAACGCUUCUGCUUUCGUGAAAGGUGUUGCAUCGUUAGAAUUUGGAUUGUAGAUUCACUUUUACUCUUCUUGUGAGUCGUGGCAAAUUCGUAGCGGAGUGCUUUGCAAUGGCACGAGGACAGCAGAAAUUGCAGUCGCAGGCUAAAGCUGCCGAAAAGUUGGCUAAACAGAAAAAGCAGCAGGGUCACAAUGCCAAUACCCAGAAGAAGGCUGCACAAGCGGCGCUUGUGCAUGUCUGUGUAGUGUGCAAGGCACAGAUGCCAGAUCCGAAGACAUACAGGCAGCAUUUUGAAAAUAAGCAUCCCAAAAAUGAACUUCCACAAGAUUUAAAGGAUAUUGCUCUAUGAUAUAACAGUUGGCAAUUCUGCCAUAAUGUAUGUACUAAUUUUUCUAUGGGGAACAAUAAACAGUGGACAGUAAACAACUGUGGUGCGAGUUCAUCUUGACAUAUGCACAGUAUUAUUGAGUGUGCAAAAGGGGGGGAUGAAUUUUAGAACAUUCUUCCAUUUACAUAACUAAGCUGUAUCCUGUGAAACAAUUUUUACAAUUGCAUUUCUGAAACUAUAGCUAAUUUUAGUGAUUGCAUGAUACUCAUUUGCACUAUUUGAAAAUAAAUGAACUUGUAAAGUUUAAAAACUGA